GCGUUUCUGAGCUGGAAGUCUGGUGAAAAAGAGGGGGGUAAAAUGGAAAGUGAUUGCAGCAAUGGGAACUGGACGGAGGAAGUAGAGGACCUGGUCCAUGGCGGACAGAUAGACAAGGCCAUCUCUGUUCUUGAAACUGUAAUGUCAAAGCUAGAGAAGAAACCCCAAAAGGGCUCUUCUUCUUCUUCUGAAUUGGCCGCUGCUCUUUUGGACUUGUCUAAACUUUACUCAUCUAAAGGUCUAUCUCUCAAAGCUGAUCAAACUCGCUCUCUUGCUUUCCAAAUCAAUUUACAAUGUCAAUCUACUGGACUGCCUACAAAAGGGUCAAUUGGAGAAGGUGUUCUGAUGUCAGAUUUCAUUUUCAGAGGUUUAAAUGUAGUCAAGGAGUCAUCUUGUGAUGGAAUAACAGAAAGCCAUAAUACACGAGAUGAGGCUUCGACUUGUGGUCAAAUUUCUGUAGAUGAAUAUCAGCAGGAAUCUUCAAGCUUGCUGAAGGAUGUGUCAGCACAAGAAGGCGGUUCUGAUGAUGAUUGGGAAGCUGCUGCAGAUCGUGCUCCGGAUGAAUUACUUUCACCUGAAAGCUUGCCGGAAGUGUCAAAGCUUUCAUUGGAAGAUGCCCAAGUUCAAGGUCUGAAGAGACGUGGACGGGGAACAUUUUCAUAUGGGAGACAUGGCAUGUAUAGUGAUGAGCAAUCAAAUUAUCCAGUGAUUGACGAUGCAGAAGAAAAAGCUGAUUCCCGGUCAUCAACAGCGGAAAAUGCAACAAAAGAUUGGAAUUAUGGUACAAGGCAUGUUCUUGUGCUGGCUGACUUCCCUCCAAGCACAACCACGAGUGACCUGGAGAAGUUGUUGGAGAGAUUCAGGGAUCAAGGAGUUGCGAUUCGUUGGGUUAAUGAUACAGUUGCACUUGCAGUAUUCAGAUCACCAUCAACUGCUCUUGAGGCAAGCAUGUGCAUGCAGUGUCCAUUUACAGUGCGUGUACUUGAUGAGACUGAUGAACUCUUGAGGUCCAUUCCAUUGAGAGAUCUGGAACCUCCUCGUCUGAGGCCCAAGACAUCAGCAAGAACUGCUCAAAGACUUAUUGCUCAAAGUAUGGGAAUAAAGUUGUCCUCCACAACAUUUGGAUCCAAGGAACUAAGGGAACAAGAAGAAGCCAGGAGGAACCGUAUAGUUUACAGGAAAAACAUGAAGGAUGAUGCUUGGGGGGAUGAUGAUAACUAACUUGUUAAUCAUAGCCUUUGAAGUGAUAGUAAUCUUCCUUACUCUAGCAACAUUUUGCUGCACCUUAUCAUCAUUUUUAUAGAACAUCAUGGGUAUUCAUUGGUGGCUGCAGAUUUGUUUCGUAGAUUAUUUGUGUUUUCUUUGUCCUUCUCCCAUGGAAGAACCAAUUUCAUCACAGACCAUUCCUUCUGCUUUUGCCUUCUUCCAGUUUGUGGGGGAAAAUCGAUUUGCUCUUUGCUUUUUUAGCGUACAAAUUCAAUGAUACAAGCUUUUAAUUGGAAUUGGAAUGAACAA